UAACCCUCCUCCAUUCUCAAAAGAAAAACCCUCGGUUGCACAAUUCCGAUCAUCCUCCAUAAUCGAAACACAAUUAUAUAAACCAAACCAAACCAAACCAAAACCACCAUUAUACUAAGUUGAGAGAAAAGUUGAAACGAAAAAAAAAGAAAAGGCGAUGAACAUGAAUGUAAACACAGUGGAUUCACUAGUAACUGAAAUCCAAGGGUUAUCAGGAAAUCAGAAUGACAUCAUUCAAUUAAACAAUCAUUUGAAACAAUCUGAAGAUAUUCUUCGCUCUCAAGCUGCUACUUUUGCUUCAUGUCUCACGCGCCUCGAUCCUUCUAUUCAUUCACUCGGUUAUCUCUACAUCCUGGAGGCAUGUAUAUCAGGUCCAGUUCCCGAAACACAAGCAAAUGAACUAGUUCUCUCAGUUGUCAGAUUUAUUGAUGUGUGCAGUGUUGAGCAGAUACGUUUGGUGCCUGAAAAAUUUAUACAUGUUUGUAAAAGACUACAUGAACAAGUGAUGCGUUUUGGUGCUCCCAUGAGAGCUGUGGCUCCUCUGCUGACUGCUAUUCGUAAGAUUCAACCGUCCUCUGAACAUUUAACUCCUCUACAUCCAGACUUUCUCCAAGUUUGCCUGUUGGCCAAGUGUUAUAAAACUGGUUAUAGCUUAAUUGAGGAUGAUAUCUGUGAAGUUGAUCGACCUAGGGACUUUUUCCUAUACUGCUACUAUGGGGGUAUGAUUUGCAUUGGACAGAAACGGUUCGCUAAAGCAUUGGAGCUCUUCCACAAUGUGGCAACUGCGCCUAUGAAUGUCAUGAAUGCCAUAGCUGUUGAAGCAUACAAGAAAUACAUACUGGUUUCACUCAUUCACCUUCGCCAGUUUUCUCCCAGUCUUCCAAAGUAUACAUCAUCAGUUGCUCAAAGGAGUUUAAAGGGCUAUUGUGUGACGUACAUCGAGGUGGCGAAUAUUUAUACCAUAGGAGAUGUUUCAGAACUCGAGGCAUUUGUCCAAGCAAACCACGAGAAGUUUGAGAAUGGAAACAAUCUUGGAUUGGUAAAGCAGGUUGUGUCAUCUAUGUACAAGCGGAACAUUCAAAGGUUGACCCAAACAUAUUUGACUUUAUCCCUUGAAGACAUAGCCAAUACUGCGCAAAUUAAAACCCCUAAGGAGGCUGAAAUGCAUGUACUUCAAAUGAUUGAGGAUGGUGAGAUCUUUGCAACUAUUAACCAGAAGGAUGGAAUGGUUAGAUUUCUUGAGGAUCCUGAAGAAUAUAAAACAUGUGAGAUGAUCGAGCAUAUCGAUUCUUCAAUCCAAAGAAUCAUGAAACUGUCAAAGAAGCUGACAACAAAUGACGAGUCUAUGUCGUGUGACCCCCUUUAUCUGUCCAAGGUUGGGAAAGAGCGACAACGAUUUGACUUCGAUGACUUCGAUGGUGUUCCGCAGAAGUUCAACUUGUGAAAAACAAGCUAGAAUGCAUUUCAUUAGAUAUAAAACUUUCCAUCGUUUAGGCAUAUCUCUCUUUUUGUUUGUCAACCUGAGGCACGUAUGCAACAGAGGUUACUAAAUCCUGUUUGAGUACAUGAAUUAGUACAUGUGAAAUCUUGCUAAUAUUAGGCUUUUAAGCCAAGACUCUUGGUUAGAUUACUUUAGUGGGAUACGUUUAUGAAUUAAA